UUUUUGAACUAUGCAGCCCUCAAAUUUGUCUUGAGACCACUGAUGCACCAUUAAUCACCCAUAUUCAUCCAUCCGAGAAGAGAAAAGAAAAUCUGCACUAUUCGAAUUAGGAUAUGUCAUCAGGAGACUCUGAAUCUGAAUUGAGCUCUCCUAGUGAAUCAUCAAGCACAGAGUCACUUUCACUUACCAAGACAUUUUGGACAGAUGAUGGUUUUGAUGAAGAAUCAAACUCCUUUGUGAUUCAAACCGGUGCAAUUCAGGUUCCACUUGUACUUUCUACAUUUUUAGCAGGUAAUAAACGUCCACAUGGGGGCUCAACAAUUGGUAGGGAAUAUAUUUGCCGUGAUAGGAAAGAUCGUCAUGAGUUAAUUAAAAAAGACUACUUUAGUGGUGACAAGUCAAAGUACACCGCUGAUAAAUUUCGUCGCCGCUUUCGCAUGGAUAUUGAGCUUUUUCGAGAGAAUUUUGCACGCAGUAGAGAAUUAUGACAAUUACUUUACACAAAAGGAUGAUGCAGUUGGAAAUGUAGGAUUGAGUCCUUUACAGAAAUGUGUAACAGCGAUACGAAUGCUUGCAUACGGCUGUUCAGUAGAUUCCCUUGAUGAAUAUGUUCAAAUUGGAGAAAGUACUGCAAUUGAAUGCUUGAAAAAAUUUUGUGAUGCUAUAAUAGGAUUGUUUGAAGAAAAAUAUAUGAGAAAACCAAAUAAAUCUGAUAUCGCAAGUCUGUUAGAAGAAAGUGAAGCUCGGGGGUUUCCAGGAAUGCUUGGUAGUCUAGAUUGUAUGCAUUGGCACUGGAAAAAUUGUCCGACUGCUUGGCAUGGAACAUUUACUAAUGGGUUCAAAAAAGUUCCAACUCUUAUUAUAGUGAUUGUUGCUUCACAUAGUUUAUGGAUUUGGCAUGCAUUCUUUGGUAUGGCAUGUACUAACAAUGAUGUGAAUGUUCUCGAUAGAUCUCCUCUAUUUGAUGACCGAGUCAAUGAUAUUGCACCAAGAUGUGAUUUUGUGAUACAAGGCCAUCACUACAAUAUGGACUAUUAUCUAUCUGAUGGUAUCUAUCCACAAUACGCCACAUUAAUCCAAACGAUCUCACAACCAACUUCUAUGAAGGAGAAGCUAUUUGCAAAAUGUCAAGAAUCUAUUCGGAAGGAUGUGGAACGAGCAUUUGGAGUCUUACAAAGUCGUUGGCAUAUAGUAAAAGGUCCUGCUCGCAUGUGGAGUGUAACUGACUUGGGAAAAAUAAUGAAAACAUGUAUCAUCUUGCAUAAUAUGAUUAUUGAAAGUGAGAUUGGCCAAGACAUCAGUCCUGAAAAUUGGCAGUCAGAAAGCGAAGAAGCAGUUGAAAAUGUUACUCUAGAGCAUGAUUUUACGUAUCUUGUAUCAAGGAUAAACAAUAGAAUGAAACAAAUACAAGACAAGAGGGUGCAUAAAGAUCUGAAACGUGAUCUUAUCAACCACUCGUGGGAAGUGUAUGGUGGUCAGAUUGAAGAUUGAAGUAUCUU